CCAUGCUAUGUUAUGUUUUAAGUUUAUUACCAAAACGGCAUUCUCUGGACAUUACUUUACUCUUCUCUAACCAUCGACAGUAUCAAGAAAAUAAGUAGCCAAUCAUAGAAUUAGUUAUUCAUUUUCUCCUCUCCUCUGUGUAUAUAUAUUCUUCAUCAUCUUCUUCUUCAAUCAUCCAUAUCUUAUAGUAGUAUCUAGUUAUUAAUCAGCUGAUGGCUACAGUAGUACUUGUUAAUGUUGUUCUUCUUCUUACUAUUCUUGUCCAUCAUCAUAAUCAGGUUCAGGUAUCCGCAUCCGAUCCGGACAUCCUAACCGACUUUGUCGUCCCGGUGCCACCAAAUACGAACGGCACCGUUGACGUGGAUGGCAGCUACUUCACCUACACCGGCCUCCGGUCCUUCAUCGGGGCGUUCCCACCAAAGUUCACCAUAUUCAAGGCGUCGGUGACACAGCUCCCGGCCCUGGAGGGGCAGAGCGUGUCGUAUGCGGCCCUGGUGUAUCCCCCGGGGGGCAGCGUGAACCCGCCCCACACCCACCCGCGCGCGUCGGAGCUGCUGUUCCUGCUGGUGGGGUCGCUGGAGGUGGGGUUCGUGGACACGGGCAACCAGCUGUUUGCGCAGACCCUGCAGCAGGGGGACAUGUUCGUGUUCCCAAAGGGGCUGGUGCACUACCAGUACAACAAGGAUGGCAAGAACCCGGCGGUGGCGCUGUCGGCGUUCGGGAGCGCAAGCCCCGGCACGGUGGCGGUGCCGAGCGCGGUGUUCAACGCCAGCAUAGACGAAUCCAUCCUGGCAGCAUCGUUCAAGACGGAUGUCGGCACCAUCAAGAAGCUGGAGGCGGGGCUGUCGCAUUAAUUAAACUAAUUAGUCAUGUGUCCGCAUGGGCGUAUUAUUAAGUAAUAAACAACAUAAGUAUGUGCGUGCGUGCGAGCGAUGACAAUCAUUGCAUUGUACGUGUCUUGAAUUGACGUGAAUUUUGUUUUGUUUGGGGACAAUAAAAAGAUGUAUCUUCCCAUGAAUGAAAUAAAAAUGACAGCGGCUGGAUUGAAUGAAAUAGAACAAUAAGAAAGAACA